UUCUUUUAAUUUUUUUUACUUCUUUUAAUAAGGUCAGCAGACAAAUUACCAAACGUCGCUGACCAAACGCAUCGCUCGCACUGCAUAAUUGCGUCACGCACACCGCGCGCAAUUAUGCGACCUAAAUUAAUUAGUUUUUUAAUCGCUUAUUAAUUGUUAAGUUAGCAUUAAGAUUUGUAUAUAAACCCCAAAUUUUUAAUUAAUAAACAGUAUUAUUGAUAUCUUCGUAAUGCUCAUUUCCUUCCUGGAUUAAACGUCUGGCCUGCCCGGAGUUUAAUCCGUUCCAAAAUAAAUAUCUGGCUUGCCCGGAGUUUAUUUUUUCCCAAACAUUUUCAAAUAUCUGGCCUGCCCGGAGUUUGAAGAGUCGGAUUGGCUGAUGACGAUCACGUGACGCCAGUGCGUUGGGGGUAAAUCUCCGUUUCUCCAAAUACCCGAAAGUUGGUUGAAGUUUAUGUUUUGGAGGUAAAAUGUAUUUUGCGCAUGCGUAAUAACUGCUAAAAAUUUGGCGGGAUACCGCCAGAGUACGCCAGAGUCAUAUCUGGUUGUUUUGUGACAUAACCUUUAGCUAACCACGCGGUAGUAAAUGUUUAAGUAAACAAUAAUGAAUAGCAAAUGUAUAAUUUCAACCACAGUGUGUUGUGACCUUUGAAGGAACUGAUGCACCUGUGGUGGAAGAAGGAAUGCUUUUAUUGUAUAACAAGCAAGCAAACUGUGUUAUCCGAGUACCAUUAAGCAAAUCUAUAAAAGAUAUGUUUAAGUUAGUGGAAACCAAUGCUGGUAUAAACAUAAAAGAUUUAGAAGAAAACAAUGAAAACAAACGCGAGGAUGAUGCAGUUAUAGAAAGUGCAUACGCACCGCUACUGCAGCAAACAUCAACCGAUUCAACUGCACAAGAAACAGAGGAAACGUUGACGGAGCUUUUAAUAGCAGAAUAUGCAAAGAGGCCAGAUCUUUACAAUGAGAGAGUUCCUCUCGUAAACAGAUCGAGAAAUGUAAAAAAAAGUUAGAGUUGGAAGUGUAUCAUGCUUUAAAUGGUAAAGCUCCAUAAAAUUAAUAACUGAAUACAUAACAAAUAUUAAAAUUUCAGGACAGUUGGAGGAGGUAACUAGGAAAUGGAUGUACCUAAGAAAGGACUAUAAGAGACAGAAAAGCAUUUUACACCGCUACAUAAAAAGUGGUUGCAGCUACGAGGAAGCUGCCAAAAUAAUAGGAAAAACUUUAUGGGUACAUUUCAAUGCUUUAAAAUUUAUAGACGAUCAUGAUAAUGAUAGAACAACUGUCUCUAACGUGGAGGAAUCGCUAUCGAGGAGUUCAACAUCCAGUACCGGUGAAUCUGUGUCUGCUUCCUCACCACCUCUAACACCCGGUAAUAGUGGACCAUGUUUGAACACCCCAUCACGAAAAGGAAAACGUAACAUAAGUGAGAACACAACAGCACUGGACGAAUUAAUUAUGCAUGAGGUGGAAAAAGGCCAAAUGGACAGCAGCGACUAUUUUUGUAAGAUGUUAAGUUUGGAGAUGGAGAAAUUAAAUCCUCAUCAAAAUCAUCGUCUGAGCGAUGGAACCGUGGACGAGGCUGCCACUUAUUUUUACGAAGUGCUAUCUGACGCUUUUAAACUUUUCGUACCGCGCAAACGAGUCUUCGUACUCGGUUUUCCGUACUGGUUCUCAAAAGAUACUAUAAAAGUAAUUCGUGAAAAACGUAAGAUGCACAAGAAGUGGAAGCGGUAUAGAAAUCGCCUCGACUAUUUAACUUUUUCCCUUUUAAGGGGUCGCUCAAAGUUCCUUAUCGAUCGUGAUUAUCGCAAUUUUAUUGUCAGUGCGGAGAGCAGUAUACGGCAUGAUCCCAAAAGGUUUUGGUCAUUUGUUAGAGCUAAGCGCGCGACAAGUGACUUGCCUGCAGAGGUUGCGUUUGACGGUGUCACUGCUACCGAUGGUGCACAUAUCUGCGACCUUUUUUCUCGUUACUUCGGCUCAGUAUUUAAUGCUUCGCGGACCUCGAGCACCAGCAAUGGCUCCCGUUGUGGUAGCCCACGUUUUUGCGACCUGUCUCUACAAUUUGAGCAGGUUGAGAUCUUGAAAGCUCUUAGAGCCGUUAACCCUUCCGGAGGGCCAGGUGGUGACGGUAUACCUCCUAUUAUAAUAAAAAAUUGA